CUUACGAAUAUUGCUAUGAAGUUAGCAGUUCGUAAAGGGAUUAACUGCUCACCAAAUCCAAAUCACCGUAAAGCCCAAGCUAUUGGCUUGUAGCUUGUUGCUGGGUUUGAUUUGAUUAGACCAAAAAUAGAAAGAACCAAGAAUUUGAUUAUGAUUUAUGGACUUAUGGUUAUGGAUCUGGAGCCAUCAAAUCAAAAUCCAUUUUCGGUUUUGUACUGCCUCUAAUCUUCUGCAUCUCCUUCAUUCCUUUGAACCUACUCUUCCUCGUCUUCUCUGUUACCCCAUCGCCGUUUUCCUCACCAACUUACUGCUUCUGACCUCUACACUUGACCUUCCAUUUCCCCACACUCAUCUUUAAGCUCAUCGUUGCCCUCACUAUAGAUUAAUCCAUGUGCUCGGAGAUAAGCGCUUUGUUCUCGGCAGCACCCAGCUGACGGCAUCGCUGAAUCGCGUCGCGGAGAGAUGGUGGAGACGCUGGCGACGACGUCGUUUCCGGGGCGGUGGCGCCGCGGGAUCCCUACGUUCUUCUCCGCCCACAAAACCCUUCUCGCUCUUCUCUGGAUCGCCUUCUGCUUCACUGUGUUUUUCUGGCAGUGGGAUAGUGCUGAUAGAAUCUUGCUUUUCACGCGGGCCUUCCCCGUGAGGCAGCUGCCCAGGCUCCGGCCUGUGGCGUUUAACUUGACGGACUUUGGGGGGAUCGGGGAUGGGGUUACGCUCAAUACGGCGGCGUUUAAUAGGGCUAUUCUCGCUAUCUCCAAGCUCGAUAAGAAGGGUGGUGGACAGCUUAAUGUGCCUCCUGGGUUUUGGCUUACCGCUCCGUUUAAUCUCACCAGCCAUAUGACUCUCUUCCUGGCCGAGGGUGCUGUUAUACUUGGCAUUGAUGAUGAGAAGUACUGGCCUCUCAUGCCUCCAUUGCCUUCCUAUGGGUAUGGGAGAGAGCAUCCUGGACCACGCUAUGGAAGUCUAAUCCAUGGUCAACAUCUCAAAGAUGUUGUAAUAACAGGUCACAAUGGUACCAUAAAUGGGCAGGGUCAAACAUGGUGGAAGAAGUAUCGGCAGAAGCUUCUUAACUACACCAGGGGACCGCUUGUACAGAUAAUGUGGUCUAGUGAUAUUCUGGUCUAUAACGUAACAUUGCGUGAUUCUCCCUUUUGGACCUUCCAUCCUUAUGAUUGCAAGAACGUUAUAGUCCGAGAUGUGACAAUCCUAGCACCCGUUCAUGAGGCUCCAAAUACUGAUGGCAUAGAUCCUGAUUCAUGUGAAGAUAUGCUGAUUGAAAACUGUUACAUAAGUGUUGGUGAUGAUGGCAUUGCAAUAAAGAGCGGUUGGGACCAAUAUGGGAUAGCAUACGGACGGCCUUCCAAAAAUAUACUCAUACGGAACCUUGUAGUUCGUUCCAUGGUCAGCGCUGGUGUAUCAAUAGGAAGUGAGAUGUCUGGUGGAGUAUCAAACAUUACUGUUGAGAACGUCCACGUGUGGAGCUCAAGGCGUGCGGUUCGCAUCAAGACAGCCCCGGGGAGAGGAGGAUACGUUAGAGAUGUAACAUACCGCAAUCUAACCUUUGAAGAUGUCCGGGUUGGAAUUGUCAUCAAGACGGAUUACAAUGAACACCCAGAUGGCCAAUUUGAUCCAAAAGCUGUCCCCAUACUCGAGGACAUAAGCUACACGUCGAUCCAUGGGGAGGGAGUACGAGUGCCUGUUCGUCUCCAGGGCAGUGAAGAAAUCCCGGUGUGGAAUGUCACUUUCCAAGACAUGUCAGUGGGGAUAACGUACAAGAAGAAGCACAUAUUCCAGUGCGCAUAUGUUCAAGGGCGCGUUAUAGGUACCGUCUUCCCUGCACCCUGUGAGAACCUCGAUUUAUACGACGAACAAGGACACUUGAUCAAACAAUCUGAUGCCCAGAAUGCAUCAGACAUAGAUUAUAGCUUUUGAGUAUCUCAGUUUCCCAGUUGCCUUUUUUGUUUUUAUGACCUUUUCUCCCUUUAAAGUUACUUCUCAGCUUUCAUUCUUUCCAUGUACAGCUAAAUUUCAGCUAAUGUAUUCAAAACAUUUCCACACAUUCUAUGAAACGAUAUAUAUAUAGUGUUCUUGACUUA